CGACAGUCAUUUUAAAAAAAAGCCCUUUCUUUCACAGUAGAGUCGUUACGGCGGUCUAGUGGAACGAUAUGUCAGCAAUGGAGCAGCUUUGCAAACUUUUCGUUGGUGGCCUGAACGUCCAAACAACUAACGAUGGGCUCCGCGCUCAUUUUGAACACUACGGUUCACUAACGGACUGCGUGGUGGUCCAAAACGAUCAACUUCAGCGGUCUCGUUGUUUCGGCUUCGUAACGUACUCCACCGCAGAGGAGGCUGAUGCAGCAAUGGCCGCCAGGCCACAUGUGGUAGACGGUAAAACCGUGGAGCUGAAGAGAGCCGUGGCUCGCGAAGACGCCGGGAAGCCCGAAGCUCUCGCCAAAGUCAAGAAGAUAUUCGUCGGGGGCUUAAAAGAGGACAUCGAGGAGAACACCCUCACCGAGUAUUUCUCGCAGUUCGGCAUGAUCGAGAAAUCCGAAGUCAUCACCGACAAAGACACCGGCAAGAAGCGUGGGUUCGGCUUUGUCCACUUCGAAGAUAACGACUCGGCCGACAAAGCCGUCGUGCUCAAGUUCCACAUGAUCAACGGACACAAAGUGGAGGUCAAGAAAGCGCUCACGAAACAAGAGAUCCAGGCCUCCGGCGGAGCUCGGGGCGGCAGGGGGAGAGGAGGAGUUAGAGGUAUGGGGAGGAAUCAAAAUGGCUUCGGCGGCGGGAGAGGAAGCUACGGCGGCUACGGGGGUGGCUAUGGCGGAGAGGCUACUAAAGCGAGUUGGAAAAAGACUCGGAAAGCUGCCCCCCUCCUCCUCCUCCCCUCCUAAGUUCUCUCGGUUUCCACAUUGGGCUCAUUCACCCGGCCAUGCAAGAGAUGGCGGACACUGUGAAAGCAUACCUUUAAAGACCUCAAUUCUUCACAGGUAGGAAGAAGAUCUCUUCCCAGAAACCUGACUUGCUCGACCAGCUUUAGUUGUAGGACACGUUCUAGUAUAUUAUAUAUCAUUUUAUUUUCCACGUUUUAGGGCAUGCAGCAAAGUUGGCCCUGGCUGUUUUCUUUUUUAUGAUGCGAUUUGUUCGUAACUCAUUCGUUUUAAAAUUCAGUUUUGUUCAACACUGGCGAUUUGUUGUCAAAAUGCAUUCUCAGUAACUUAGACCUGUUUUCUAUAUAAACUGUUGCCUAUUGUCAUGGGGGAGAGGGGGAUUAACGCAUGCAGUUUUGAGCUUGUGUUCGUCUGUAUAAAACCCACCACGAGUUUUUCCAAACUAGUUUAUCAUGAUGGGAUAGAUUAGGCUACGUUAUUUCUUUUAUUUUGUAAACCAGCGCAGAAACCCAUUAAUGGAGUUCAGUUCAACGCUGUAUGAGCAUCAUUUACUUCCAACAUUCUCUUGUGUAUUGUAUAUUAUGUCUUCAGAUAAAUCCAGUAUUGUUAAACAUUGAUAUGCAAUUGUAUGUUACUUUUAAAUAAAAGUUUCACAGCUUAAUUAUCCUUUCA